AUGCCUACGGGACCUCCCUGGGCACCUUUCAGCCCUCCGCACCACAAGUGCGCACCUGCGGACCAUGAUCAGGCAGGAUACGAAGAAGUACCUACAUGAGGUUGCCGUUCAGGCUGUCGCUGCCCCGACACGGGAUAUUGUCCAGCGUCUCAAGGUCCUCACCGGCGGACCCAGGCGUAAGCAGAAGGGCACCAAUCCCCUCCCAGCCAUUGAGACCUCACCCGGGAAUCUCGCUGUCACACACCUGGAGGCAAAGCAGAAAUGGAUAUCACACUUUUCCUCGAUUGAAGAUGGGCAUGUCAGAGACCCUGUUGACUUCGUCCAUAGCUGCUAUCGCAGGCAGCAAGCCAAGGAUCUGUCAGACUACUCCAUUGUCCCGACAGACAUCCCAAGCCUGUGUGAGCUGGAGGCCGCGCUACGCAAUUCGGAGCAGAUGCACUGCGAAGCAUUUUACCGCAUUAUCCGUCCGCUCAUCACCGGCGACCACCCGACGGACUCUGAGGUCGCACGCAUCUGUGCUGCUGUGCAGCUUCCCAGCAACACCAUGCACGAACUGCGCGACUUUAUAGGAGGGCCCUCCUUGGUACGGGAUGCGGGAUCUAGUGAGUGGGCAGAUGGAGCUGUCUCCGAUACUCUUCACGACACCUGGUUUAGGCUCCCAGACGAACCGGAAAUCAUCGUCACGCGUACCGGAUCUCGCCCCGGAGACUCACUAUCAGACUUGGUCUUCUCAUUUCUUUUCGCGAAGGUGCUUCAACAGGUGCGCCAGGCCCUUGAGAAGGCCGACCUGCUUGCGCAUAUUCCGUGGAGCCCAGAUAUGCACAACAGCAUUCAGGUAGCCGACCGACAGCCGGAUCGGCAGUCAGAGCAACGCAUCGGGCUAUCAGAUGCGACCUGGAUGGAUGACCUUCCUAAUGAGCCCCGAUGCAUCCUCGCUGGUCGCAGCGCUCAAUUUUGGGGCGUCCUCUCUGAUAGAUGCUUGCCUACAGCGAGCGCUCGUGCCGAACCUUUCUAA